UAUUCCAGUCCAGAUUCGGGUGCCAGCCAAUGGCGUGACAGGAAGGGCGAGGCUACUGCCAAAUCAGCCAAUGAACUGCGACAGUAGGCGGAACUACAGCCACCGUCAGCCAAUGAGCGUGGAGCCGCCCCUGCAAAGCGGCCGAGGCCACCCCGCGUUUUCCUUAGUGCCGAAUCUGGCAGCUAAAAUGGCGGCCGCCGACGGAGAUGACUCGCUCUACCCUAUCGCGGUGCUGAUCGACGAGCUGCGCAACGAGGACGUCCAGCUACGGCUCAACAGCAUCAAGAAACUCUCCACCAUCGCCUUGGCCCUCGGCGUGGAGAGGACCCGCAGCGAGCUCCUGCCUUUCCUCACAGACACGAUUUACGAUGAGGACGAGGUGCUGCUGGCUCUGGCUGAACAGCUGGGGACCUUCACCGCUCUGGUUGGGGGACCUGAAUAUGUGCACUGCUUACUGCCCCCCCUGGAGAGCCUGGCGACGGUGGAGGAGACGGUGGUGCGAGACAAGGCGGUGGAGUCGCUGCGCGCCAUCUCCCACGAGCACUCGCCCUCGGACCUGGAGGGACACUUCGUGCCCCUGGUGAAGCGCCUGGCGGGGGGCGACUGGUUCACCUCCCGCACCUCGGCCUGUGGCCUCUUCAGCGUCUGCUACCCUCGCGUGUCCAGCUCGGUCAAGGCAGAGCUCCGGCAGUACUUCCGGAACCUGUGCUCCGACGACACCCCCAUGGUGAGGCGGGCAGCUGCCUCCAAGCUGGGCGAGUUCGCAAAGGUCCUGGAGCUGGAGCAUGUGAAGGGCGAGAUUAUCCCCAUGUUCUCCAACCUGGCCUCCGACGAGCAGGACUCUGUGCGCUUGCUGGCCGUGGAGGCUUGCGUCAAUAUCGCUCAGCUCCUGCCCCAGGAGGACCUGGAGUCCUUGGUGAUGCCCACGCUACGGCAAGCGGCUGAGGACAAAUCAUGGCGGGUCCGGUACAUGGUGGCCGAUAAGUUCACAGAGCUCCAGAAAGCCGUCGGGCCUGAAAUCACCAAGACCGACUUGGUGCCGGCUUUCCAGAACCUCAUGAAGGACUGCGAGGCCGAGGUGCGGGCUGCUGCCUCCCACAAGGUCAAAGAGUUCUGCGAGAACCUGUCAGCCGACUGCCGUGAGAAUGUCAUCAUGACCCAGAUACUGCCCUGCAUCAAGGAGCUGGUGUCGGAUGCCAAUCAGCACGUCAAGUCGGCGCUGGCCUCCGUCAUCAUGGGGCUGUCACCCAUCCUGGGCAAGGACAACACCAUCGAGCACCUGCUGCCGCUCUUCCUGGCCCAGCUCAAGGACGAGUGCCCUGAGGUUCGGCUCAACAUCAUCUCGAACCUGGACUGCGUCAACGAGGUGAUCGGCAUCCGGCAGCUCUCGCAGUCACUGCUGCCGGCCAUUGUGGAGCUGGCCGAGGAUGCCAAGUGGCGUGUCAGGCUGGCCAUCAUCGAGUACAUGCCCCUGCUGGCUGGGCAGCUGGGGGUGGAGUUCUUUGACGAGAAGCUGAAUUCCCUGUGCAUGGCUUGGCUGGUGGAUCACGUCUACGCCAUCCGGGAGGCAGCCACCAGCAACCUGAAGAAGCUGGUGGAGAAAUUCGGCAAAGACUGGGCCCACGCCACCAUCAUCCCCAAAGUGCUGGCCAUGUCGAACGACCCCAAUUACCUGCACCGCAUGACUACGCUCUUCUGCAUCAAUGUGCUCUCGGAGGUGUGCGGGCAGGAGAUCACCACCAAACACAUGCUGCCCACUGUGCUGCGCAUGGCGGGCGAUGCCGUGGCCAACGUCCGCUUCAACGUGGCCAAGUCCCUGCAGAAAAUAGGACCAAUCCUGGACAACAGCACCCUUCAGAACGAGGUGAAGCCAGUGCUGGAGAAGCUCACACAGGACCAGGACGUUGACGUCAAAUACUUCGCACAGGAGGCCCUGACCGUGCUGGCGCUGGCCUAACCCCAAGGAUGUGCCCUGUCGUCUCCCUGACGUCCAGCCGCCGUCGGCCCCUCGCUCCCCGGCCCCUCCCCAAGCCUCUGUGCAUGUGUAUGAGCCCCUGUUGGGUGGGGGUGCCCGACAGCCCAAUACAGACCCCCUCCCCCCUAUUCCCAUCAGCCCCCUGCUCGCCAGGGCAUCGCUGCCCUUCCCCCUCCGAGGGUUCAUCUCCCGUCUGGUCACUCACCCGGGGCGCAGCACUCAGCCCCCCAGUAUCCCCCACACACUCAAACACUGCAGUUCGGGGGGCGGCUCGUUGCUCCCGGAGUCCCCCCUCCCUGCGCUGCCUCCCCCUCUGGAUGGCUCGUCGUGUCCCUUCUCGGCAGCUUCGCCCCUCCAGUCCCUGCCCAGCGCGUGGGGGCGCAGGAGGAGAUGGGGGGGACGGGAAGCGGGGGCGGGGCUGCUUUCAGCUGGUUUUAUGCACUGUUCCACAGCCACCCCCGUUGUCCCUGCUCUCCUCCUUCGUCCCUCUGUUCUCACUCCCCUCCGCUGAAAUCCGCCGCCUCCUCUUCCCGGGCAGCAUUAAACACUCUCCACACUCAGCAUCGCCAUCCUAGGCCCCCGGCCCUCCCAGAGAGCCCCCCCAGAGCUAUGGGGGGGCUCUCUGGGGGGGGGGGUAGUAAAUAGCGCUCGCCCCCCAAAAUCAAAACCCAUCCUAAUGCCUGAACCACACCCCCCACCCCCCGGAGCAAGUUUUAAGCAGAGCAAAGACCAAACCUCCCCCUGGAAACAGGUUUCUUCAAUGUCCGUUUCAGGGCUGGUCAGUUUCACCCUGGGCUGGAGGCGGGGGAGGGGGGGGUCUCCUUUGUCAGUUUCACCUUUGGGCUCUGGGUAGGUUCGUGCUGGCAGGCGCCCGCCCGAUGCCAGCCUCAAGGAGGCUGCAAACGCUUCUCAGCCAUGGGGCAAAGGGCCUGAAACCCCCCAGGGCGCCCUCUCCAGGGUGUGAGAUGCUGAUUAGAACCUGGGGGGCCCCCUGUGGGGCAGCAGGUCAGCUGCCAUCCUCAAAUCAACCCUCACAAGGGUCUAGGCCCCUUUCUCCAGCCCCCAUGGGGAGCUGGGUUGGGAGAAUUGAGCUGGAAUUUUACAGGCAAGGUUGCGGGCGGGGGGGGGGGGUGGUGUAAAAUCUGCUCCGAGUUCACCCCUUGGCCUCUCAGCUGGGGUAGGGAAAAGCCCCCACCCUUCAGGGGCUGCUGAGUGGGCAGGAAUUGGAUCAGGAUUUCCCCUGGGUUCUAGCCCCAUGGCCGUCAAUCCUGGGCCGUGCCUCUGCUUUAAGUUCUCGGGGGUUGUGCCCCUCGCCUGGAAGGGGCGGGGCAUCACAGCUGUCUGGUGGGGAAUGGGGUGCGUCUUGGACCACUCCCCCUCCCGCCCUUACCACGCAAACGCCUGUGCCCCAGUGUGACCCUUCCCUUCACUGCUGCCCUGGUGGUCAUGCACUGAGCAAAUACAGGGUGAUCCCUAACCCCCGCACACCCAUUAACACAAGUCCUCCCCCAUCCCCCCCCACUGUUAGUGAAACGUCACUUUCAAGCUAAUGGGAUUUUUUGUGAAAACUUGUUUUAUUAUUUUUUUUCUUCUCCAUGAUUAAUAAAACGCUCGAUCGUU